UCUCUCUCAUACUAUACACAUUCUAUUCUCCCUUUGAGCAAAAACACACUUAGAAUUAUGGCUUCUUCUACACCUGCCUUGAAAGAUGAACUAGAUAUCGUGAUACCAACAAUUAGAAACUUGGAUUUUUUGGAAAUGUGGAGGCCUUUCUUUGAACCAUAUCAUCUCAUCAUUGUUCAAGAUGGUGACCCUUCAAAGACCAUUAAGGUGCCCGAGGGCUUUGAUUAUGAACUUUACAAUCGCAAUGAUAUUAACAAGAUUUUAGGUCCAAGGGCAUCUUGUAUUUCUUUCAAGGAUUCUGCCUGCCGCUGCUUCGGUUACAUGGUUUCCAAGAAAAAGUAUAUUUACACAAUUGAUGAUGAUUGCUUUGUAGCAAAGGACCCAAGUGGGGCAGACAUAAACGCGCUGGAGCAGCACAUAAAGAACCUGUUGUGCCCAUCUACUCCACAUUUCUUCAACACUUUGUAUGAUCCAUUUAGGGAUGGCGCAGAUUUUGUGAGGGGAUACCCUUUCAGCUUAAGGGAAGGGGUCCCAACAGCAGUCUCCCACGGCCUGUGGCUCAACAUUCCUGAUUAUGAUGCGCCCACACAGCUAGUCAAGCCUCUCGAGAGGAAUACUAGGUAUGUUGAUAUGGUGUUGACAAUUCCAAAGGGCACUCUCUUCCCAAUGUGUGGUAUGAAUUUGGCAUUUGACCGUGAACUUAUUGGCCCUGCUAUGUACUUUGGACUCAUGGGAGAUGGCCAACCCAUUGGGCGUUACGAUGAUAUGUGGGCUGGUUGGUGUUGCAAGGUUAUCUGUGAUCAUUUGGGAUUGGGAAUCAAGACUGGAUUACCCUACAUCUAUCACAGCAAGGCUAGCAAUCCAUUUGUGAACUUGAAGAAGGAAUACCUUGGGAUUUUCUGGCAAGAAGACAUCAUUCCCUUUUUCCAAUCACAUUCCUUCUCCAAGGAUUGUACAUCUGUGCAAAAGUGCUACGUGGAAUUGUCCAAGCAGGUUAAAGAAAAACUGGGGAAAGUAAACCCUUACUUUGUGAAGCUUGCAGAUGCAAUGGUCACUUGGAUUGAAGCUUGGGAUAUGCUCAACCCUUCUUCUAAAGAUUCUGCCAAACUUCCUAAUGGCUCUUCAAAAUGAAAUUAUCAAAAUUUAUUAUGAUUAAACACGACUAGCAAAUCACGUCGUACUCAAUCAAAUAAUAGACACAAUUGUCUUCCCAUGAGCAUAGUGGGAAGACAAUCGGCCGUGUACUUUGUAGUAUUACUAGAUCUGUCAUUUAUAACCUUUUUCAUGUUUUAUUUAAUCUGCAUUUUGUAUCCUUUUCAUGUUUUAUUUUUGUGGUCUAGGUCUAGCGAUAUUUCGACUUGAUAUGAUGAUAAUAUCAGUGGAUGUAAUCCUCUUUUAUCAUGUUAUUGUAAAAUUGUGAUGAGCCAUAAUGUAAGUUUUCUACUUCUGGUUCAUGCUAA